AAACGGAAGUCGUCUUCAUAUUAUCGAGGAAGAUUCGCCCGGGAACUUUGACGCUGUCGUAGACCCUUCAACUUUAUCUUGGAUCUUAUAUAUGCCCCGUUGGUGUGAGUGUGGUCAGUCGGUGGUCCCGCUGUCAUGGAGGGCCGAUUCGCUCACCUGCUGCAGCCUAUCAGGGAGCUAAUCAAAAACUGGGACAUGGACCUGGCGGCGGAGCUCAACGACUACCUGGAAGAGCUGGACGAUAUGUGCAUUACGCUGGACGAAGGGGAAACCCAACUCAACUUUGCGGAGGCGGCGCUGCUGAUUCAAGGUUCUGCCUGCAUCUACAGCAAGAAGGUGGAGAUGCUGCAUAAUCUGGUCUUUCAAACAUUGGACUACAUUCGAGACAGGAAGAACAAGCAAAGCAAAGAAGCGGUUGGGCGUGAGGAUGUCGGCACAACAGCGGUGCACGGGCACAAUGAUGACAGCGACGACGACGACUUUUGCGAACUGGACAUUAGAACAACUGACUGGGUGGACAAGCCGGAAGCCAGCGCGCGGGUGAAGGUGGUUCCUCUCCCUCCGGUGUCUCUGAUUCCUCCUGAAAGUCGAGACAAGCACAAGUAUCCUCUCAUCAGUGCCAAAGGUGAGGUGGUGUGUAGCCAAAAGGACUUUCGCAUCAAUAUUUUCCUGCCAGGACAUGAGGACUUGAUCGAUUUGAAGCUGCCCUCUGCCACGAGUACGCCUCGCCAGGAUGCUGUCAUGGCCGACGAUCACGAGAGCAUGGUUGACCUCCCCGAGCAGAGCUUUCUUCCUGCCGCCGCAGUGGAAGUGCAACAGGAAGUAGACGAGUACAUCGACAGGCAGCAGGCUCCAAGUCGAGAACAGCAGCAGGUUGUGUCCAUGGAUGCGGCGGCGCGCCCUGCUGUAUGGUGCCCAAACCCCCCCCUCCCUGUUUUCAACGUUCUGUUUCAACACAACUUGUGGCCACUUCAUGACCCGUACGCCACACUGGGAGCGGACACACCUUUCCAGCCAGGAAAGAACUUCAAGGUUCCGUCCGGUUUGGACGACAAAGGCAAGAGGAAGCGUCAGGCUGCGUCGCUCCUUCAGGACUUCAGGACCUGGUUCAAACAAAUAUAUGACCUUCCAGAACGCAAGCUCAGAGAAGGACCCUCCUGCAUCGACCUCGGCUACAUUCAUCGCCUCAGAAGAAAGCUGAAUCGUUUUAAGAGAACCAACAAGGAAGAAGUUGAAGAUCAUGCUUUAGAGGAGGACCUUCUGGAGCCUGAGGAAGCAGAGACCCAAGAAAAGCGCCAGGAUCCUAUGGAUGGACUCGGGGAGCGCGACCUUCUGGAUGCAGAUGAAGACAACAUGGAGCAGGAAGCGUUUGCGGCAGGAGAUGACGUGUCUGGAGAAGCUGAGCUGACUUACGAGGAGUUGGUCAAGCUGCGAGUGGAGCAGAUGAUGGGGAACUGUCGAGAAUACACACAAGAGACUGCCUUGUCCCACCGUGUCCAAAAGUGGGAGGAGCAGAUCCGUCCCAAACUCCUUUGGCAGGAGGCGCGUGCACCAUUAGACAUCCAUGAGUACAGUAGCAAGAUUGUGUCAGCAUUGGGCGGCACAGGUCGGCGUCUUGCCUUCUCGUCCAUUGUGCACGGCUUGGACAGCACUGAAGCCUGCAGGUUCCUGCUGGCCUCCCUUCACCUGGCCAACGAAUACACGGUGGACAUCGACAGCGCGGCAAGUUUGGAGAAGAGCGUAGACUCGAUGGGCUUGACGCUGCUCAGCGGGCUUCAGAAAUAAAUAAAUAAAUAAAUAAAUAAACUACUUUGAUCGUCACCUGGAUACUGUGUUGAACUCUAAACUGCCCAAGUCCUCGCUCAUUUCAGCCUAAAAGCAGACUGCGUCAACAUCUUUGAAUUUGCAAAAAAGCAAAUGUCAGUUUUGAUGAUUUUUCUCAUGGACUUUGUGCAGAAAAAGAAUUGUCAGUUAUUGAUGUUUGUGCAUUUUAUGCAUUCAUACUGGAAAACCUUUGUUCACAAUAGAGCAAUGUAAACGCGU